AUGGCGGAAGCAGAGGAUAGAAUAGCUUCUUUAGAAGAUAUGGUUAACCAACAAGAAAACACCCUCUCUAAGCAACAGUCCAUAAUCCAAAGCAUGGAAGCUCGCCUGGAGGAUCAAGAAGAUCGCUCCAGACGGCUUUGUCUUUGUGGAGAAUAUUUGCAAGGUGGACUGAAAUAUUCACUGAAGGUGAUUGUGUGCAUGGAUCUCUAUAUUAUAUUGCUCUGGAAGGGCCGCUGGCAGGGCAAUGACAUUGUUAUCAAAGUGCUGAAAAUCCGUGACUGGACCACAAGGAAAAGCAGAGAUUUCAAUGAGGAGUACCCCAAGCUGAGAAUUUUUUCACACCCCAAUGUUCUUCCGGUUUUGGGUGCCUGUCAGUCUCCACCUGCUCCUCAUCCUGUGCUGAUCACCCACUGGAUGCCAUAUGGAUCUCUCUACAACGUUCUACAUGAGGGAACCAGUCUGGUGGUGGAUCAGUGUCAGGCUGUGAAGUUUGGUCUGGAUAUUGCCCGUGGAAUGGCAUUCCUUCACACGCUGGAGCCUCUUAUUCCACGCCAUUACUUGAAUAGUCGCAGUGUCAUGAUUGAUGAGGAUAUGACGGCACGGAUCAGCAUGGCAGAUGUGAAGCUUUCAUUCCAGUGUGCUGGACGUAUUUACUGCCCGGCAUGGGUAGCUCCUGAAGCUCUGCAGAAGCGCCCAGAAGACAUUAACCGUCGCUCGGCCGACAUGUGGAGCUUUGCUAUCCUCCUUUGGGAAUUGGUGACUCGUGAAGUUCCCUUUGCUGAUCUGUCGAACAUGGAAAUUGGCAUGAAGGUCGGUUAUUUCUUAAGUAUAAAACAGUCGUGGUUAAUGUUUGUGCACUACAAGAAGUGAGCAGGGUGAUGUCUGAGCACUAUAGGAAGUGAGCAGGGUGAUGUCUGAGCACUAUAGGAAGUGAGCAGGGUGAUGU